CUGAAAACAGUACCGAUUCCUCAAACAAGCUAGACAAAAAAAAGCAAAUCGCUCAAAUCCUGAUCCCGUCGGCGGCCGGCGCCGCCGGCGCCGUCGACGAUUACCCGGGCGAGGGUACUUAGAUCGGACCAGGGUGCUUAGAUCUGGCGAGGGCAUCAUCUUAAAGAUCCCUUCUGAGCCCGGAUUGCCCUCGCGAACUGCGGAAGAGGCAGCCACCGUCCGCCAUUGCUGGGCCGGCGAGCCAACUGCCGCCCUCCAUUGCCGCGCUGAAGAUCAAGCCACCACCCGCCGUUGCUGCAGCAUACACUCCCCUGCCUCAACGCCGGCCUGCAGCGAGAUGGAUAGACGUUGGAUUCGUGGUACACUGUUCUGUCGUGAGUACAUUAAUGGUGUCAAAGAGUUUAUGAACCUCAUUCAAGAGAAAUUUAGUGAGGAUGAUAAAAUACUCUGCCCAUGUAGAGAAUGCCUUAAUCACAAAUACUGGCAUCAGGCCGUUGUGAACAAGCACAUAUUGACAAAUGGCAUGGAAACUACAUACACUCGUUGGAUAUAUCACGGAGAAGACUUCGAUGCAGAUGUUAUUGAACAUCCUGUUGAUGUGCAUGAGACCGAGGAUGGUAACAAUGGUGAUGACCGAUUUGAUGAGAUGUUUGGAGACCUAUGCAUAGCAGUACAACAAGGUCAGAAGGAAACUGAAGAUGAAGAUGGUAACAACGAUGCAAACCCUUCUGAGAAUGAGUCUUUUCUGGCGAACGUGAAGAAAGAGGCUAAGCGACACCUUUAUCAUGGUUGUACCAAGUUUUCAAGGUUCUCAUUUGUGGUGAAGCUUCUUCAUUUGAAGUCAUCCCAUAGGAUCACAAAUAGUGCAUUUACUGACAUAUUGAAGCUAUUGGCUGAAGCUUUCCCUCAACCAAAUACACUCCCAAAGUCGUAUGAGGAAGCAAAAAAUCUUCUGAAGGAAUUAGGCCUUGGGUAUGAGUCUAUACAUGUGUGCUUCAAUAACUGCGUUCUGUUCAGAAAGCAAUAUGCCAAGCAUGACAACUGCCCAGUUUGUGGCAUGUCAAGGUGGAAAGACCCUGCUAGAAAGAAGAUUCCACAGAAAGUUUUGAGGCAUUUCCCAUUGGUCCCUAGGCUGAAGAGGAUGUUCCUUUCCAGAAAAAUAGCAGAAGAAGCGCAGUGGCACAAGCUAAAGAGGUAGCCCAGCGAGAAGGAAAUGAGUCAUCCGGCCUACGGUGAUGCGUGGCAGGAUUUCGAUAAAAAAUAUAAAAAAAUUGCAGAAGAUGCCAGAAACAUGAGGCUUGGCAUUGCCACUGAUGGGUUCAAUCCUUUCGGAAACUUCAACACAAGCUAUAGUAUGUGGCCUGUAUUUGUUGUGCCAUACAACUUUCCACCUUGGGCAUGCAUGGAUCAGUCAAAUUUCAUGAUGGCUCUUCUAAUUCCAGGUCCCAAAUCACCUGGCAAGCACUUCGAUGUCUUUCUACAGCCACUUGUAGAAGAUUUACUUGAGCUUUGGAAGGGUGUGCGUACAUAUGAUGCUUAUAGCGGAAAAAUGUUUGAUCUUCAUGCUGCAGUUCUAUGGUGCAUUCACGAUCACCCAGCGCUGAGCACUCUUUCAGGGCGUACUACAAGAGGCUAUGCUGCAUGUAUUCAUUGUGACAAACACCCUCUUUCGUACGGCCUAAGGAGCAAAAAUGGAUAUAUUGGACACUACCGUUUUCUUCCAAAGGGACAUCGUUUGCGAAGAAACAAUGAAUUUGUUGGUCUUCAUGAACGCAAUGAUGAGCCGGGUAAAUUCUCCAAGGAAGAGCUGCAAGUAGAAUUCGAGAAGGUUAGACCCGGGCAACAACAAGAAAGCAGGAAAAGGCUCAUGUGCCAAUUUGGAGCCUGAGGGUUUGUUUGUGGGAUUUGGAGUAUUGGGGUGACUUGAAGCUGAGACAUAAUCUUGAUGUCAUGCACAUCGAGAAAAACAUAU